AUGCAACACCGUAGCCGGGCCGAUGUUGCGGGCCGCAAAUUGCUGUCGGCAUGGCAACAUGUAGUUUUUACGGGACAAGCAAACGACACUGCCCUUUGCGGAGUCUGUCAGUCAGGCGGAGAGUCAUGUAUGGGCCAAUUUAAUCAUCUUUCGCCUGAAACCAGCCCCCGAGGGCAGGUCAGCGAAAGAGCAGAAGAAGUGGGACGAGCUGAAGGUGUUGAGAAGAGGCUGAGAGACGGAUCGUCGGUCAGGCUUCAUUACAACCCACUCACUCGUUGA